AAACAAAUAAUAAAAAAUAGUAAAAGAAAAACAAAGCGAAUAAUUCUCCAAUGUUGUCUCGGCAUUUAUCAUUCUGAAACGCAUUUUGUGCCUUUUUGUUUUCUCUGAGUUGGGAAACCAUAAUCUUAGUAGUCACAACAUCCACAAUGGAGAAGAACCUUGAUGAAAAUUCAAACAGUUUCCCUCGCAAAGACGAGGAUCACAACAAUGCCGACAACACCCCUCAUUCGCCGUUGCUAGAAAAUGAAGACAAAGUUGAUGCUAAACCGGAUGGCGAAACUGAAAAGGUUGAUGAUGAUCUUGUUCAGGGAGAGCCAGAAGCGAAGGAGGAGGAGAAGAAGGAGGAGGAUGCAGAAGUAGCAGUUGAGGUUCCGCAGGAAGCGGAACCUGAAACUGAAAUAGAGAUUCCUCCUCCUAACUUGGAGAAGGUUUCAGAAGAUAUUGAUCAAUUCCUUGAAGAGAACAAUCAUAAUAAUGAAGAGAAAAUUCCUGAAUUCGUUAACAAGUUUUUGGAUUUGGUAGAACAGAAAAUCGCAGAGUAUGAUGGCAGUGAAACAAAGUGGGGUGAAUCCAUGGAGAAAGAUUCAUCGUUUUUGGAAGGUGUGAAUCGUGUAACAAAGCUGAUGAAAUUUUUGACUAUAAUAAUUGAAAGAGGAAAUGAAGAUAAUGAAAAUGAAGACGAAAAAGAAGAGAAGAAAGAAAACAAGAAUUCAAAUUCAAUGUUGUUGAACCGAAUCGGCGUGAUUCAACAACGGGCUAUGUCGUACUUGGAAGAGGAGUUUCGUUUGUUAAUGGAAGAAUCUAGAAACCAAAACAAAUCAGAAAACAACCAUGACCCGAAAGGGAAACACGUGGCAGCAGCAGAGCCAUCAGAUGCUGAACCAAUAGAGACGGUUAUGGAUUUCCCGGGUUUUACGGAAGAGGCCGUUACAAAUUUAAACAAAAUAGCGCGGGAGAUGUUGUUAGGUGGUUACGAAUCAGAGUGCUGCCACGUGUACGCCGUUUCAAGAAAGUACGCUUUCGGAGACGGUUUGCACAAGCUUGGGUACGAAAGGAUAAGCAUGGACGAGGUUCAAAAAAUGCAAUGGGAGUCUUUGGAGAGAGAGAUUCCAACAUGGAUCAACACGUUCAAAGAAUGUGCCAACGUGUGGUUCCCUGGCGAACGGAAACUCGUUGGGUUAAUUUUCGCCGAGCAUCCAUCGGUGGCCGACACGCUCUACACCAAUCUCACGCGCGUCGUUACUUUUCAGCUUCUCAACUUUGCCGAGAGCGUCGCGAUGACUAAACGCGCCGCCGAGAAGCUCUUCAAGCUUCUCGAUAUGUACGAGACUUUGAGAGACACUGUUCCUAAUCUCGAGAAUCUCUUCCCGGAGGAGAUUGUCGAUGAAGUCAAAGCCGAAAUGACGUCGGCGAAGAAUAGGCUCGGCGAGGUUGCAGUUUUGAUAUUUUGCGAACUCGAAAACUCGAUCAAAUCGGACAACGGUAAAACACCGGUGUCCGGUGGUGCCGUUCACCCUCUAACUCGUUACAUAAUGAACUACCUGAGACUCGCAUGUGAGUAUAAAGACAUAUUGGAAGAAGUUUUCAAAGAUCAUUCGAAAAUUGAACGAGCAGAUUCAACCAGUAGGCCUCGCUACCCUGGAGAGAAUCAAAACGAAAAUCAAAGAUCAUCGAAUGAUAAGGAAAACACAUCACCAUUUGCAGCACAGUUGACACGUGUGAUGGAGUUGCUUGACACGAAUCUUGAAGGAAAAGCAAAGUUAUACAAAGAAGUAGCACUAAGUUGCAUCUUCAUGAUGAACAAUGGAAGAUACAUUGUUCAAAAAAUAAAAGGUUCAUCUGAAAUAUAUGAAGUGAUGGGAGAAACGUGGUGUCGUAAAAGAUCAACAGAGCUGAGAACUUACCACAAAAACUAUCAAAUAGAAACAUGGGGCAAGAUAUUGAGUUGUUUAAGUCCUAAAGGUUUGAAUGAUAAUGGGAAGGUGCCGAAGCCAGCACUGAAGGAGAGGUUCAAGACCUUCAAUGCAUUGUUUGAAGAGAUACACAAGACACAGAGUACAUGGGUUGUGAGUGAUGAACAACUUCAAUCUGAGCUUAGAGUUUCAAUAUCAGCACUUGUCAGUAGACAAACAGAGAAGUAUAUUAAGUUUCAAGCUGAGGAUAUAGAGAAUUACAUUGAUGAGUUGUUUGAUGGAAACCCUCACCAUCAAGCAAUGGCCAGGAAGAAAGCAUGA